AUGGACACAAUAGGAAGAUCCACCUUUUCUGCUCAAGUAUCCAUACCACACAGUAGUGUCUCACCGAAUCAAAGUUAUUCUUCUUCAAGUCAUCCAAACUAUUUGACGGACGAACGAUUAUUGGAAAUAGUGGAAAACUUGGAAGAUCAUUGGCGAUCUCCUCCCAUCUUGACACCAACCACUGUUGCCAUGAUAUUUAACAAUUCUUACAAUGGUAUUUCUCCCUCAACGCCUUUUCGGACCAUCGCCUCUUCUUCUUCGUCGUCGGAUAUGGUAUGUCGAUCCAAAACAUCAAAAUAA